ACUGAGAGCUUACAAGAGAGAUGGAAAUACAGGUUAAAUGACAAUUUUUCCGGAAAUGAGCGACAACUGGACCUGACCACAGAUUUCUGAUGGAAAUAAAUACUCAUAGUUUUGAUUGCAGCUCUACCUGUAACUGGCUUGGGUGAAACUUGAACAUCAAGAGUGAACGUGCUUGUAUGUGUGCAUGUAUCUCUGGUAUGUAAUUCAGUCUUUGUCAGUGUUGCAUGAUUGCCUGUGUCUAUGUGAGUGUAUAUGUUUAUGUGAGUACAGGUCAUGUAACAUAGUCUUUCUUCAGUUGAGUGUCAAUGGCAGAGAACCCUGUCUCAGACAAUCAAACCUUGCUGGAAUCUAUGCUUCAAAGAUUAUGGCUAAACACUCAAAUAAACAUUAGCUCACACGCUGAUGUACAAACAUGCAGUUCGCCUGUUGAGUAUAACGCUGAAACAGUGGAGGAUUCAUCCAAAGGAACAUCUUUACAGUUUGGAUUUUCCUCCAGCAACAAAGAGCAAAACAGACACUCCUCCAUUCGGAAUAAGUUGGAGAAUCCAUGGACUCAGCAAUCAGCACAUUUUGGGGGUAUGCAGGCCCCUUUUGGUAAUCAACCUCCCAAAAGGAUCAAGAUAAUCUCUUCUAAACCUAAACGUUCACCAUUAAUUUGGGGAGAACACAAUGACUUUACAACCGAAAAGAGUAAUGAUGCCAUUUCUGGUGUUGGAGAAGAAGAGAUGCCCAGACACAAGAAGUGGAAACAAUUUUCUCUGGAAGGGGAGACUAAAGGUGUCUCAAGUGUGCCACCUUUAUACAAAACAGAGCCCUACCAAAACUCCCUUGAACUUUUAGCCCCGACAUCAGCAACAUCAACUUUAGUGUUGGAUAAACCAGAGGUCAAGGGUCAAAGGGGCAUAUGUAAAUGGGAUGUUGGGAAGGACAAAAGUGAAGGUACCAACAUUUUUGAGGAAUCAGGGAAAACUACAAAGACAAGUAAGAAGUGGGGGGAGGCUAAAAGAUGGGCCCAGAAGGUAAAGGAGAGAUGGAGAGAAAGACAUAGAAACACAGAGACCAGACAAAGAGAUGAUGAGAAAAGACAAGUACAGAAUGUAGUACAAAGUAAUCUUGCUCCAAUAUCGGUUCCUACUGGUGUGAACAACACAACUACAGCAGUCACUGAGGAUCCAGAUAUUCACAAUGAACCUAACAUCACAGGAUUGGAUGAAUCCGCCCUCUGUUCUUUCAGCCACAUAAGUGAAAAUAAUUUCUCCUUUGUCACUUCUAAUUUGAUCUUCAAUGGAACGGAGUGGGCUCAGUAUAACUUCAGCAAACAGGAGGACCCAUCACAGGAUUCAUCAAGUAAUAUUGCCCAAUCAUGUAUAGCAGAAUGGAAUGGCAAAAGGAAUCAAUCAGCUCAACCAGAAAUGUUGCUCCCUGAGAGCUUUACACAAAACCCGGCCUUCAAUAUGCAUGUUUACGACGAAAUGGAGAUUUCUGGAGACAGUUUUCUUCCUUCAGAUGCUCAUGAUCUCACUGCAAAUCAAUCACAAAUGUAUGAUUUAUUUACAAACCAGUUACAAACCACCAAUCAGAGCUUCAACAAGUCUCAAAACAGUGAGCAAACAAGUGAACAAUCACAGUUUUCUCACCAACCCUCAUACGAAUCAACGGCAAAUGAGCGUAGUGUUCCGCAUUUGAUAAGUAUUCAACAAAGUCGGUCCCAACCACAAGUGUACAACCCCAGCCAUAACCAGCCCCAAGGUGGGAAAGAAGAUUUCAUCCCUAUUUUGGACUUGUCAUAUGUUAAGCCAAUAAACAGUUCCUCUAUAACAUCACACAUAUCGCUGGGUCGUAAAAGAGAGCACUGGACUAAAAGAAGAAAUCCAUUUGAUGCCACAAGUCAAGACAUGAAGGACGAGGACCACACAAACUCUUUUAUGGCCACCUACUCUUCAAACUCCACCCACAGCAACUCACCCAAGACUUCUCUCCAGAACUCUGAAGAUUCAGAUUUUUCCAAAACUAUGGAGACAGUGGUUAAAAAGAGGAGAAUGGAAGAUCCUCGUUGUGUUCGAUUCGCUGAAGAGGUGGUCAUCUUUCCACCUAGCUUCAUCUCUGAGGAUGACAAUGAUUGUUUAGAAGAUGAUUGUCCAGUGGAAUCUACUCCCCGCUCCUCUUUUCCUAAGUGGAUUAGGUCUUUAAAACCCAAACCGACUAGAAAACACAAAUUUUAACUUCCUUCUGGAUGGGGCUGAAUGACCGAGGCAAGAAGUGGGCAUGGCACAUAUUAGCAGGGCAAAUAAAACUGCACUAGCGGUCUGAGUAGAUUAUUGUUCAUUAUGAAAAUAUACUCUCCUACAGAGCUACUACACCUGAUAGGAAAACUGCCAUAUCUGAAUGUGAGGGUGUGUGAUAGAGCUGUAAUGUGGUUUGUCAGCUGCGUACAAUGGCAUUCUAACAUUUUUAGUCAAAUCAGUUUUAUUUACAUAGCACUUUUGUUCUUACAAUACAGUGUACAUACAGUUUCAAAGCAGAUUAAUUCAAACAGUGACUUAAUACCUAUAGUGAGCAAGCCAAAGGCGACUGUGGCAAGGAAAAACACUGAUGUUUAGGUAGAAGAUGAAGAAAAACAUUGGGAGGAACCAGACUCAACUGGGGGAGCCCAUCCUCCUCUAGCAUUGCAUGCAUUACUUAAAUGCACAUAUGCCAAAUAACUAGAUACAUAACAUGUGAAAUACUUAUGACUUAAUGUGUUGCUGUGUGGUGAGUGUACUGGUGCACUAUGGCUGCAGUUGCAUCAUCCUGGUGGAUGCUUCACACUAGUGGUGGUGGAGGAGAGUAUAAAUGACACUGUGUAAAGCACUUUGAGAGUAGUGUCAGAAAAAAGCGCUAUAUAAAUGUAACAUUCAUUCAUUCAUUCACAUUCAUGUUAAUGUAUGAAAACAGUGAAUACAUUGUAAAAAUAAUGAUUAAUUAAAAAAAUUUUUUUUUAAUUAAUUUAUAAGCCUGUCCUAAAGUUACUGGAGUGAUGCAAGCUGUGGUCAGUAAUAGUCCCUCGCUGUAUGGCUAGUAUGGGCUUUACCUUAACAGUUUCAAGCCAGUUUUAUGGGGGGGGGGGGUUAUCAAGAGUGCAUUUAGCUUUUGUGAAGUAGGAGGACAUACUCAAAUGUUAUCAAUGUUUUUUGUUAUGUGAAAAGAAAAGAAAAUUUAUGUUGAAGAGAAUGGUUCUAAUGACAAUGACAUCAUCUGUUACUUAAUUAUUCAUUAUCCAUUAAUAAUUUAGUUAAUAAUUAUGUAUUGUUUACCUAGUUUACACUUAAUUCAUUAUUGUUUAUGUGCAUGUGUGUUUUUAGGAUUUGGAGUUGAUUGAACACUAUCAGUAUCAUUAACAAAUACAGCCCUAAGUUUUGACAGAUUUUAAACACAGAUUAUGGCUGAAAAAUCAGAUAUUUUAUACAAUAACAUGAACAAAUGGUUGACGUCUUGUGUCACUCACUCCUGGUGUCCAAUAGAAAAGGUCCCUGAGACAUUAAAGUUCUUUCCCAUCGCUUUUGUUGGCAUUUGGCUGCCCUGGUAGAGUCAUUUGUUCACUGACUGUCUCAAUGCUUGAUACCUAUCAGUGUAGAGGAGAGAAAGAUAAGGCAUUAUUAUUCCAGAUACUUGCUCUUUA